GCUGUGGUGUCAACACACGGCUGGAGUUGUGGCAUUGGGCCGGUAGCGACGGAGCAGAGCAGAGGGAGAGAAAGAGAAAGAGAGAAGGGGCUCUCCUCCCUGUCUGUGGACGGAGAGACUGUUGGCUUCGGUGGAAGGAGACACGGCGACACCCGAGUGCACGUUACCCGGCCAGUGUUAUACUACCCAGGAUGUCUUCAAAGCCUCCCAGUGCCAAUACCAUCGCCCAUACCCGGCGGAUGGUGCAGCAGCUGAGAGUAGAGGCAAGCAUUGACAGGAUAAAGGUUUCCAAGGCCUCUGCAGACCUCAUGAACUACUGCAGCGACCAUGCGAGGAACGACCCUCUCCUCAUGGGCAUCCCCGCCUCAGACAAUCCCUUCAAGGACAAAAAAACCUGCACUAUAUUGUAGUGAAUGCCACUUAGCCUUUCGUGUGUUUAUUUUUGCUUAUUAAUGUUGCUGUAUGUCUUUGUGUUGGGAGGAGCGAGGGAUUUUCUCUGAAGUCGUAAACAUUGAGGUGAUCUGUGGCUGCACUGUUAGCCAUUUAUUGGUAUUAUUCACUGAAACGAUUGACCGCAGCACAGCUCGACCUCUGGCCACUGAUGAGACUCUGGCUGCAUGAGUUGUGAUGGCAUCAGUAACAUUAUUAACGACAGCAGACGUUGUUUUCUGAAUAUUAGAAGAGCUCCAACAUUCCUCAGUAGUGGAUUUGGUCUCUUAUCCGUCACACACACACACACAGUCUCAUCACCACGAUUGUCGUUGCCUUUCUGAUUCCAUUCAGUCAACGUUUCCCUCCCAUCCUUGAGAAGUCCUCUCCCAACAGUAUUUUACGGAUUGAAUUCAAGGUUUACAUUGAGCUUCUACUCAAUUGUCACCAUUAUGUAUCUUUGAUUGGGUAAAAUCAAACAAGUACAUCAAAGUAUUCUGCCACCCAUUGUACUCUGACGUGUCCACAUCUCAUUUAUUUCACCAGCUUCCUGUCUGUUGUUUGCAGUACGGUCACCAUGAUACAGUGUUGUCUUCAGCUGAUUCAGUCAAGCAUCAGGUCCCAUAUGAAGAUCUUUAAUCCCUAUGUUCUUUGACAGUGUGUUAGCGCCAUGAUGAAGAAUCUUAAUUCUAUGAGAAUAGAAUCGUAAUUUUGAAGAAAGAACCACCCAGACUUGAAGGGAGUUGCCUCUCUUGUGGAGGAAGAGAAGGUUCUCCUUUCUGGUUAUGCCUUAAAAAAGUUUUUCUUUAUUCUCAUAAAUGUAUGUCUUUUUUCUCGAAAAAGAUUUUGAGUUUCUUUUCAAUUAUGGCUCUAUUCUCGAAAUCUCUGAAGAUUCAGAUUCAAGCCAUUAGGAUAAAAUGACCCGAGUGCUGUGAUGCUGUUGCUACACACAACAUAUAGAGUGAAUCAAGCUUUCGUGAAAAUGCUUCAUCAUAUUAAUGUAGUGCUUACAUUUAAUUUUAUGUCUCUCGUCGGCUGUCGUGUAAAGAAGAUCUUGGGUCAAAGCCAAACCAAUGAUUCUGCAUUUGAUAACAUUUAAUUGUGCGUCUGACUAUUUUUAUCAGUUCCCUCUGAUAAUUGUCUGUGGUACGAUAUAUUUAGAAAGCUGACGUGUUAAACUGUGACCUACAAGUAAUUGCUCAUCAAAACAAGUGACUUAUCGAAUGUGCACGUCGUUGUGCUUUUGGUGCAAGUAUUGUCGGCCGUGGCCGUUUCUAUUAAUGAUUAAACCACUAUCUCAAAUUUGUCUUUUUGUUUUGAAAACCGUAACAUUUGUGUCGGUGUGGGUCUUAAAUCUUCUGCCUAACAUGUCUUGAUGUUGCUACAGUGGAAUACUCUGGAUACUCUGAAUUCCAAUAUCCUUACACUCUGAAGCCUUACAUAUAUAUGCCUUGUGUCAUGAAGGACAAUCUUAACGGGAAUAUUUUCUUUAGAAUUAAAAAAGAUGUUUUUAAAAUGGGCGGUAAAAGUGAUUUGUGACUAUGUUGUGCCAUCUCUCUCUGUCUACUUGUCACUUUUCAGCAGGUUUGGUAUUGUUGCCUUCUCCACCCUCAGGUCGUCACAUCUGUAAAAUCUAGUGAUAUAACCCAACUGUGUUUUUUGUGAUCUCAUCUCUAACAGUCUGUUAUUUUUAUUGCAAUAAAUAAAUUAAGCUUGUACACUUAAAAAAAAUCACAUCACCUCUGCCUUGUCAUGUCGUGCCCUGUAAUGGCCUUAUCAGACUGGUGACCUGUUUAAAUCUGCAUUUUCAUAAAUGUCUUUAUUAAUACACCAACCUUUGUAUGAAGACUCAUCUAAGAUUGUUAAAGUGAAGAAUUCCUAAAGUACAGAACUGUACUAAUCUCUCAAUAAAGAUGUGUCAGAAGAUGGUAA